AUGAGCAGCACACUCUCCCCUACAGAUUACGACAGCUUGGAAAUCCAGCAACAGUACAAUGAUAUCAAUAACCGCUGGGAGGUGGCCGAUGAGGACUGGGACAACGAAAACAGCUCAGCCCGGCUUUUUGAGCGCUCCCGUAUCAAGGCUUUGGCAGGAGGCUUCAAGGACCCCUGGAUAAUUAGUCUGACCAAUACCUGGAAAGGUUCUAGAGCAGAUCAUAGAGAAAUUGACAGUAAGGACCUGGAAAAUUAUGCAGCGCCAGAGGAUGUGAAUGGGCAGGCCAAGGAGCCUUUGGGGCCCCGACUUUGCCAUCUGAAGAAAGGGCCCAAUGGCUACGGGUUCAACCUGCACAGCGAGAAGUCCCGGCCUGGACAGUUCAUCCGCUCGGUGGAUCUGGAUUCCCCGGCAUCCAAGGCGGGUCUACGGCCACAAGACAGACUCGUGGAGGUCAAUGGGAUCAAUGUGGAAGGCAUGAAGCAUUCAGAAGUUGUGGCCCACAUCAAGUCUAAGGAAAAUGAAGCGCGGUUGCUGAUAGUGGACCCUGCAACAGAUGAAUAUUUCAAGAAACUUGCUGUCACUCCUGCCGAAGAACACAUUCGAGGGGGAGUUCCUCAACCUAUGACAAAUGGGUCAGCGCAAACACAGCUGAAUGGCGGAUCCGUGUCUUCGUCCCACAGCGAUUGCCAAAGUCCUGAGGAGGCCGAGGAAAGAGAGCUGAAAAAGAAAGACCCCUUUGAAGAAAGCGGGCUGAACCUGAGUCCCACCGCAGCGGAAGCCAAAGAGAGAGUGCGUGCCAAGCGGGUGAACAAGAGGGCGCCUCAGAUGGACUGGAACAAGAAGCGGGAGAUCUUCAGCAAUUUCUGA